GUUUCUUCUCAGCACUGUGUCUGGUAUGGGGAAUGUGGGCAAGCAGAAGGAGAUAAGCGGUACAACUGUGAAUACCUCGGUCCUCCAAUACCCUUACCUGAAGCCGGUCAUGAAUUACUACAGCAACUGUGCCCAUCCCUGUACUAUGGAAAUGUCAGCGUGUGCUGUGAUGUACAGCAGCUCAAUACGCUAAACAAAAACUUACAGCUUCCUCUGCAGUUCCUGUCAAGGUGUCCUUCCUGCUUUUAUAAUUUGAUGACUUUAUUCUGUGAGCUGACCUGCAGUCCUCGCCAGUCAGAAUUUCUGAAUGUUACAGGGACCAUAGAUUACAUCGGCUCAGAUCUAUCCAAAGGAAACAAAAGCAUCAUUACCAUGGAUUACUACAUUGGGCAAAGUUUUGCAAAUGCAAUGUACAAUGCCUGCAAGGACGUAGAAGCCCCAUCCAGUAAUGUUAAAGCUUUGAGUUUGAUGUGUGGAAGAGAAGCUAAAGACUGCACUGCAACCAACUGGAUCCAAUACAUGUUCAACAAGGAUAACGGGCAAAUUCCUUUCACCAUCACACCUUAUUUUUCAGAUGAGCCUUUGCACCACAUGAUUCCAAUGAACAACGCUACAAAGGGAUGCAAUGAGUCUGUGGAUGAAGAAGGUGCCCCAUGUAGUUGUCAAGACUGUACUCUGGUCUGUGGCAGUAGACCAGUACCUCCACCUCCUCCAGUUCCCUGGCUUAUCUUUGGCUUCGAUGCUAUGGUUAUGAUCAUGUGGAUAGCCUAUGCUGCAUUUUUACUUCUCUUCUGCUCGGCUGUCAUUGGAGCUUGGUGUUACAGAAAAAAGAAGAUUGUUUCAGAAUAUACUCCGAUUGACAGCACCUUGGCAUACUCUGUGAAUUUCCAUACUGCAUCAGGCAAUCCCUCUUGCUGUGACCGAAUCGGGGAGCGCCUGGAGAACUGUUUGAGGGUUGCUUUCACCAAAUGGGGUUCCUUCUGUGUCAGACACCCCUGGAUUGUCAUCUUCUUCUCUCUGGCUAUGAUUGCUGUGUGUUCCGCUGGGCUGAAAUUCAUGCGGGUUACUACUGACCCCGUUGAGCUGUGGUCUGACCCACAAAGUCAGGCACGCAAAGAGAAGAAUUACUUUGACACACACUUUGGGCCAUUCUUCCGCACAGAACAACUGAUCAUCACUGCGCCUUACAGCAAUGGAGAUAUCUACUCCCCAUAUCCAACAGGGGAUAAUGUGCCUUUUGGACCUCCUCUAACGUUUGAUAUUCUCUCUCUGGUCUUAGAACUACAAAAUGCUAUUGAGAAUAUAACUGCCAUGUACAAUAAUGAGACUGUGAUGCUAAAAGACAUCUGCCUGGCUCCUCUGGCACCAUACAAUAACAAUUGUACAAUCCUCAGUGUUCUGAACUACUUCCAGAACAGCUAUUCUGUCUUAAAUCACACCGUGAGGGAUGAAUUCUUUGUUCAUGCGGAUUACCACACUCACUUCUUAUACUGCGUACAGUCACCAGCUUCUCUGAAUGAUACCUCUGAACUUCAUGAUCCUUGCCUAGGCACUUUUGGUGGCCCAAUCUUCCCAUGGCUUGUUCUUGGAGGCUAUGAUGGAGAGAAUUAUAACAAUGCUACAGCACUUGUGAUCACCUUUCCUGUAAAUAACUUUUACAAUGACACUGAGAAGAUCAACAAGGCCAAGGCUUGGGAGAGCGAAUUUAUCAGAUUUGUGAAAAAUUACCACAACUCCAAUUUAUCCAUCUCAUUCUCUGCUGAGAGGAGUAUUGAAGAUGAGCUUAAUAGGGAAAGUAAAAGUGAUGUGACCACAGUCCUUGUCAGCUAUGCUCUGAUGUUUGUCUACAUCUCACUGGCCUUGGGCCACAUCAGCCAGUGUAACCGUAUCUUGGUGGACUCAAAGAUCUCACUUGGUGUUUCUGGUAUUCUUAUUGUGCUAAGCUCGGUCGUUUGCUCCCUGGGUAUCUUCAGCUAUGCUGGCAUUCCACUCACUCUUAUAGUUAUUGAAGUCAUCCCAUUCUUGGUUCUAGCAGUCGGAGUGGACAACAUAUAUAUCAUUGUGCAAACCUUGCAGAGAGAUGAACGCUUGCAGGGUGAGAAGCUUGAUGAGCAGAUUGGCAGAGUCCUGGGUGAUGUCGCCCCGAGCAUAUUCCUGUCAUCAUUCUCUGAAACUGUGGCUUUUUUCUUGGGAGCAAUGUCCAGUAUGCCAGCCGUACGUACCUUUUCACUCUUUGCUGGGAUGGCGGUUUUUGUGGAUUUUCUGCUUCAGAUCACCUGCUUUGUAAGCCUGCUGGGUUUGGAUAUCAGGCGUCAAGAGAAAAGCAGGCUGGAUAUCCUCUGUUGUGUCCCAGGGUGUAAGAAGAAUCGUAGUACAGACAAACCAAAGAGCUGGCUCUUCCUGUUCUUCAAGAGGAUCUAUGCCCCUCUGUUAAUGAAAGACUGGAUCCGGCCUAUAGUGAUGGCCAUCUUUGUGGGAAUGCUUUCCUUUAGCAUUGCUGUGGUCAAUAAAGUGGAGAUUGGUUUGGAUCAAACCCUGUCGAUGCCAGAUGACUCCUAUGUGCUGACCUACUUUGAAUCCCUGAAUAAAUACCUCCAUUCCGGUGCUCCAGUGUACUUUGUGGUGGAAGAAGGACAUAAUUAUAGAACAAUGGAAGGGCAGGCAAAGGUGUGUGGUGGAGCAGGGUGCAACAACAACUCGCUGGUUCAACAGAUUUACAAUGCUGCACAAAUUGACAACUACACAAAAAUAGGCUAUGCCCCUUCCUCAUGGCUGGAUGAUUACUUUGACUGGGUGAAGCCUCAGUCUACAUGUUGUCGUGUGUAUAACGAAACUGACAAGUUCUGCAAUGCUUCAGUUGUGGAUCCAUUCUGCCAUCGUUGUCGCAAUUUUACGGCAGAAGGUAAACGGAAGCCAGUGGGAGAGGAUUUCAUGAAGUUUCUGCCCAUGUUCCUCUCUGACAAUCCUAACCCGAAGUGUGGUAAAGGUGGACAUGCUGCAUACAGCACUGCCGUGGACCUAAUAUCCAAUAAUACAGAUGUGGGGGCCACUUACUUUAUGACUUACCAUACCAUCCUGCAUAACUCCUCAGACUAUAUCGAUGCCCUAAGAAAAGCACGAAUGAUAUCCAAGAAUAUCACUGACAGCAUUGAUGUCCCUGGCAAAAAUUACAGUGUCUUUGCUUACAGUGUUUUCUAUGUGUUCUAUGAACAGUAUUUAACUGUUGUGGAUGAUACAGUGUUCAAUCUUUGCCUGUCACUGGCUGCCAUAUUCUUUGUGACUGUCAUUCUGCUGGGCUUCGAGAUCUGGUCUGCUAUUCUGAUGUGCCUCACCAUCUCCAUGAUCCUUGUCAAUAUGUUUGGAGUCAUGUGGCUCUGGAACAUCAGUCUGAAUGCUGUAUCUCUGGUGAAUUUAGUCAUGUGUUGUGGUAUUUCUGUGGAGUUCUGCAGUCAUGUGACCAGAGCCUUCUCAGUCAGCACAAAGGGAAGCCGAGCUCAGCGUGCGCAGGACGCCUUGGCACACAUGGGUAGUUCGGUCUUCAGUGGAAUCACACUGACGAAAUUUGUGGGUAUUGGCGUCUUGGGCUUGUCCAAAUCUCGGAUAUUCAAGAUUUUCUACUUCAGGAUGUACUUAUCUAUGGUGCUUCUUGGAGCUGCUCAUGGCCUAAUAUUUCUGCCAGUCCUUCUUAGUUACAUUGGGCCACGAGUGAACAAAGCCAAGGUUCAAGCAGCACGGGAGAGAGAGUAAGGGGUACAGAAGAAGAAAGACUUCUUGGCCACUAG